UUCAGAGGUGCUCCGUGUCGCUGUGGAGAGCAUUGUGGCUGCACCGUUUCCCUCCAAUCUCCUCCUUUAUUGACAGUGUUGUCUGACUUUCGUUUUUUGGUUCUUUGUUUUUGUUUUUGUUCUUUUUUGGUGAAUGUCUUUGUGUAUAAUUAUACCUUAAUGCCUUUUCUUUUUUUCUUUUUUACGUCUCACACAAUUCCAAUUAUCUACUGUAAAAACGUAAAUAGCAUGCAUUGCGCAAACGUUGCGUCAAGGUGGCGAAUAUUAUAGUUGAUCCAUGGUGGAAACUUCAUCAAAGAAGCGCUGCCAGUCCCAAACCACACUUUCCUCCAGCUCAGACUCUUCUUCCUCAGACAUUGCACACCUCUCAAGUCGUUGGGUCCAAAGUUUAGUGUUCGGUGCAUGGGCU